GCGUGGUAGCUGUCAGAGGUCGCCGGCAUUCUCAGACGGCUGGGUUCAAGAAGAGUGAGCGGCCCAUGGUGGUGCAGGCCGAUGCCCGGCCGUCCAUGCCGGGCUCUGGGUCAGGCACCUCCAGUGUGCUUGGCCGGGCCUCAGCGGCAGCCCUGUGUGCUUUAGUUGCCACCAUGGCAGAUAGACGUUCACGGCAGCGCGCCGAGAAGGUGGUGGUCCGGAUUUUCCCCAGCCGGGUGCGAAGUCGGCAGAAGACUAUGCGCCGCUUGGAGCCCUUCGGUGAGAUGCCUGCUUGGUCACGAAAGCCUCUUCUGCGGAAGAAGUUGAAGCAGCCCUGGCGACAGCGCCCCACACCCAAGCUGUCCAUGUUUGGCCGCUACUGGAUAGAGAGGUCGCGCGUUAGCUGCCACUACAACAUCAAGAUCUCCCAGCUCACGAAGUAUGUCUUGCGAGCCUUCAAGGAGGGCCGCAAGCACCCUAUCGACUGCUUGAUGCAGAUCCUAGAAAGCCGCCUCGACAACUUCGUGUGGCGAGUUGGCCUCGCACCAACCAUGGCUGCUGCACGUUGGAUGGUGCGGGAGAACCACAUCCAGAUCCGCCAUGCAGGCAAGGACACUGACUGGAAGCCCCCAGACUGGGUGACCACAAACGUGCCCUCCACCCUUCUGAUGCUCGGAGACGAGAUCCGAGUUCGCCCCAAGAAGAAGUCCAUUGGCCUUGCACAGAAGCAUCAGGAAGAAGACGGCCCAGUCGAUGUUCCUACCCACCUGGAGUGGGAUCGCGAGGAGCUGAUCGGCAGGUACAACGACAUCUGUGACUCCAACGAGCUGGGCUUGAACGUUUGUGAGGACUUCUUGCUCUACAAGUUCCUCGGGCCUCAGGGAGUGCGACAGCGCCACAUCCGUUGGUUUGAGGGCACUACCAUCCCAAUCCCCAAGAUCUACAAUGGAGGGCGCAUUCGACCAACGCCGGAGAACAUCCUCAACAUGAAGAAGGGAGCCGGCCUUCGCUCGCGCGGUCGCCGCCGACCUCCUUGUCUCUGGGGCAAGACGGGCGGCCACAUGCUCAACAACCCUUGGGAGUACGGCAGCAAGGUGAAGGAAGCAUUAGGAAGCAAUGUCUUUGAUCCUGCCAAUGUUUGGCCAUUGCUGUACAAGGGUCUGCUUAGACGGCCUUCAACGCCGCUUCCUGCUCCACAGCCUAUACCAGAAGGCUAUCAGGUUGCACCUCCACCACCCCGACCGCUGCUGCUGUUCAUCACGAACGUCAAAAAUGCCAGAACGGUUUGGGUGGAAAUCUCUAUCAACGACAAUGUGCAUAUGCUCAAGAGAUACACAGCCCGGAAAAUGCUGAUCCCAGUUGAGGACAUGAUCCUUGUGUACCAAGGAGAAGAGCUGAAGAACGACACCCAGAUCAAGCAGAGCAAGCUUGAUUUUGUUAUCCAGAAGGCAGCGGAAGGCGAACCAUCCGCAGAGGAUUGUACAAUACACUUGAUUGACAUAAAGGACACGCCUGCGGACAUUCGCGAGCCAAAGCAAGCGAUGGACGGUUGUGAUAUUGCCCUGGCAGGCGGCAUGGCUCAUCAGUCCGGAUCAAUGACCCACAAAG